AUGAGCAGCCUCAGAACAACCACGACCAUCCCAGCCAACAAGACCAGAACAACCACCACCGCCGACUUCAGCUCAGCACUCUACGCCUUCCUCAAUGCACUGCCCAAGCUCACCCUCGCCCGACUCUACAACACCCCGGCCAGCUGUCUCGCUAUCUUCAGGUCACUCACUCUCUCGUGUCUCAUCGAUUCAUCACUUAUCUUUUGUUUUUCGCCCUCUAGGUUGUUGCCCUUGAUCGCUAGACAUCUCGUCCUUAAUCUGCUCUGGUCCGAUCACUCGAUCGACAAAUCCCAGCUCGAGCUUUGGGCCGACAUCAACCAUUCGGAAUCGAGACGUAUACACGUGGAGGAUAGUCUUACGAAGCUCUUUCGCUUGAACAUCGUCGAACAAUCCUCCCUCGACUCAUCAUCAUCUUCCUUUGAUGAUCCAAGGAACCAUCAUCAUCUUACUCUGACUCUAAACCGCUCGUUCCAGCAAAACUUCCGACGCGCUUUGACGGGAGGCGGGAACCAUUGCUCAUUUGGUGUGCCUUGUAAUACCUCGUCUAACGCGGUGGUUUCGAUCGACGAACUGGAUCGAUAUGGGACCGAGAAAUGGGAGACGAUUCUUCAUUACAUGGUUGGCUCCCGAUUACCCACUAAACCGAGCCAUAAUAUCCUCAGCUUGUUGGGUCAAAGUGGCUUGAUGACCUCCUCAGAUCCAAGGUCGCUCCAGAGUUUGAAGAUCACUUCGAAAGGGUUUGGGUUUCUGCUAGAAGACGUGAACACUCAGUUGUGGGAUAUCUUACUCCAAUAUCUCAAGAUGACCGAGGUUAAUGGACUCGAUGUGGUUGACGUCUUGGCUUGCUUGUUUAUGCUGGGAAGUUUGGAAUUAGGUCAAGAAUAUUCUUUUUCUAAUUGGACUCCAACUCAAACACAGGUCCUACAAGACUUAGUAGAUUACGGUUUAGUACUUGUUUCGGCUCCAGAUCGGUUCUACCCUACUCGAUUAGCGACCACUCUUACCUCUACAGCCCCUCCUUUGGUCUCCGCCGAAAGGGCACAAGAAGAACACGGGUUCUUGGUCCUCGAGACUAAUUAUCGGAUCUAUGCAUACACCAGCAAUCCAUUACAGAUCGCCGUGUUGAACUUAUUUCUUUCGUUAAGGUAUCGGUUUCCGAACUUGGUGGUAGGAGCGGUGACGAGAGAAUCGAUCAAGUCGGCGCUGUCGAACGGGAUCACGGCCGACCAAGUGAUCAUGUAUCUGCACACUCAUGCUCAUCCUCAGAUGAGGAAACUCGAGCCACUCUUGCCACCGACGGUCGUCGAUCAAAUCCGACUAUGGGAGCUUGAAAAAAAUCGGAUCCGUGCUCAAGAAGGUUAUUUAUAUGAGGAUUUUAAAUCGGCAGCUGAGUAUGAUUCAGUCAUCCAAUACUCCAGGAAGCUGGGCAUCGUCUUAUGGGAACAUGCUGGCCUGAGGAAGUUGUUUGUCGGAUACGAUGGCCAUCUUACUCUGCGAGAGUUUUUUCGACGUGGAGGAGCAUCGAAUGGGAAUAUAGAGCAAUCUGAUUCUGGAGUGAACCUGGGUGACCGGAGCUCGGAUCUCGGAUCGGCUUGGGCCGCACCCGACCGACUGAGCUGCAAGCUUUUACAUAACACGCGCCGAUGGUCUACAACCCUCGGAGGCUCGGAUGCCUGGCGGCCGCCUAACUUUUCGAGUAUGGACCAACAUCAAUCAAAUCAUCCCAUGAGGAGUCUUCUGGAUAAGACAUACGCAACUUCAACAUCGACUCAAAACAUCGCCAUCCUCUCGCCUUUCGUCCAGCUUUCAUUCGUCUUCCAUCUUGCCAUAGCCCAGCUUCAAAGACAUAUCCAGGAGACUCCUGACUGUGUCGUGACAGUGAUCGGAUCUUCCUCCCAAGCUGCUUUCCAGAAUACGUUGGCCGAUGAACAUGAUGCGGUCUUGUUCACUGACUCGUCCUCCGACUGUCUGACCAAGACCCUUCUCGAACGCAUCGAAUUCCGAUUUUGUGCGGAUUUAGCUCAACUUCUGACUCUCUUAUGUGAGCUGGGUCACUCACCCGUCGAGAGACCGACUCUUAAUGAUGAUGAAGAGGAUCGUGGAAUGAGGAGUCGACGGAUUGGGCUAAUAAUCACCGACCUGACAAGCUACUUGAUCUCUUUGCCGACGCCAACACUCUCGGAUCUUACGCGCUUGCUAGGCUUCCUCAGUUGUACCCAAACACGACUACCAUCAAUCCAUCAUCAUCAUCAUCAUCAUCAUCAUCCACUCCAGAAUCCGCCGCCAAUUUAUCUGGUCGAUCGUGUCGAUCACACUCAGAAAUGGCCCUUGUCGACUCCGACCGCCGAUCCUGAAGAUCUCAGGAACAUACUCGAGAUCUUCCGUCAUUUCUUUGCUCAGAUUUGGACGAUUGAUGGGCUUCAUGAAACUGAUUCCAACACGGGUGACGAUAGUCCUACUACUACUCCUGCGGCUGUUGGGACCUCUAGCAGUCCUAAGCCCGGGCGAUACCGGCUGUAUUCUUUACGCUCGGCGGCGGAUUCUUCCGCCGAUGAUGACGAUCAGAUCACGUAUCAGGUCCUCGAACAGGAUGCACUCGACCCCCAAUAUUCCGCGCAUCCUGAAAGGUUACUUCGGAAGACUGUCGUUGUUCCAGGCUGCUAG